CCCUGGCCCGGUCUACCCAUCACGGCUCGAUUGUCGACCUCCCUUCACCGUCAUCUUCUGUACCCCAGCCUAGCAUUGGCCUGCAGUCCCAAAGAUGGCCACCUCAAUUGCGGCUUCUAAGCGGCCAUUCCUCACGCUGCCCUUCCUCCUUCCCUCAUGGUCAGAAUCCCUUGCUCUGGGAUCUCGACGUUAUCAAUCUUCAUACCGCCGCACAAAGCAACGUCUCCGUGUUAAGCCGGAUGCCACUUUUGGCGCAUCGCACCACGGACGCGAUCAGAUCAUCUACAACCCGCCCUCCAGCGCACCAUCCGUCUAUCACACUCCGAGCAAAUUUCUGCCGUCCAACGAUGCCCGCAGGUCGAUGCGCAUAGAAGAUGCGGCGAAUGCAAAUGCGACAGAUAAGAUUGAAGAUCUCCCCAAUGUCUACCGCAGCGACCCCGAGAGAAAGUACCACUUGACCCCCGAGGACGUUGAGGAAAUCCGCAAGCUCCGACUGAGUGACCCAAUGACCUGGAGCCGACACAAGCUGGCCAAGCGCUUCGAAUGCUCGCCCCUCUUCAUCGCAAUGGUCUGCGAAGCCAGCCCGGAGAAGAAGCAAAUUCAAAGGCAGGUGCUGGAGGCCGUGCAAUCACAAUGGGGUCCCAAGCGACGGAUGGCCAGGGAGGACCGGAAGUUGCGCCGGGAGGCGUGGGGCCGUGAUGAAUGAUUCAAGUACGCCCGUUCUCCUGGUUGACGUGUGGAUUGUUCCAGGGAAGAAAGCACUCUCUAUGGUUAAAGGGGGGGGGGGGAACUCAUCGCCGCUGGGAUGGUAUCCAAACUUCAACCGUUUGAUUAGCUGCGACUCGCAGCCUCGUGUAACAACGACAUGUAUUUUAAACUUAUAGCAUUGUUCUCUGUACUUUCAUAUCCAUACAAUUUUCUUUCUUUGUA